UCCUGCCUGGAAAGUUUGGGGUUGGGCGCCAUGGCCAAGAGCAGCUCCCUGAAUGUCCGCGUGGUGGAGGGCCGCGCGCUGCCCGCCAAGGACGUGUCUGGGAGCAGUGAUCCUUACUGCAUUGUAAAGGUGGAUGACGAGGUGGUGGCCAGGACAGCGACUGUCUGGCGGAGUCUGAGUCCCUUCUGGGGUGAGGAGUACACGGUGCACCUGCCCCUGGACUUCCACCACCUGGCCUUCUACGUGCUGGACGAGGACACCGUUGGGCAUGAUGACAUCAUUGGCAAGAUCUUUCUGAGCAGGGAAGCGAUUGCUGCUGACCCACGAGGGAUCGACCGCUGGAUCAACCUGAGCCGUGUGGACCCAGAUGCAGAGGUGCAGGGUGAGAUACGACUGGCAGUGCAGAUGCUGGAGAAUGGGAGGGGCCGCUGCCUCCGCUGCCAUGUGCUGCAAGCCAGGGACCUGGCUCCCCGUGACAUCUCGGGCACGUCUGACCCAUUUGCACGUGUGUUUUGGGGCAGCCAGACCAUGGAGACCACUACAAUUAAGAAGACCCGCUUUCCACACUGGGAUGAGGUGCUGGAGCUGCUCGAACUGCCAGGAACACCGUCCUCCCUGAGGGUGGAGCUGUGGGACUGGGACAUGGUGGGCAAGAAUGACUUUUUGGGCAUGGUGGAAUUCCCUCCAGAGGUCCUGCAGCAGAACCCACCCAAUGGCUGGUUCCGCCUCCUGCCCUUUCCCAGAGCUGAGGAGGAUGCUGGGGGGAGCCUGGGGGCUCUGCGGCUGAAGGUGCGCCUGACCGAGGACCGAGUCCUGCCUUCCUCCUACUAUCAGCCGCUUCUAGAGCUGCUCAUGGAGUCUGCGAUGGGGCCAGCAGAGGAGGAUAUUGCUAGCCCCCUGGCUGUGCUGGAGGAACUGACCUCAGGGGACUGCCGCCAGGACCUCGCCACCAAGCUAGUGAAACUCUUCCUCGGCCGGGGCCUGGCUGGGCCCUUCUUGGACUAUCUCACCCGGCGAGAGCUGGCCCGGACGGCCGACCCCAACACUCUCUUCCGUUCUAACUCGCUGGCAUCCAAAUCAAUGGAACAGUUUAUGAAGCUCGUGGGCAUGCCCUACCUGCACGAAGUCCUGAAGCCAGUGGUCAACCGCAUCUUUGAGGAGAAGAAGUACAUGGAGCUGGACCCAUGCAAGAUAGAGCUGGGCCGGACCCGGCGAAUCUCCUUCAAAGCCUCUGCCUCAGAGGAGCAUGUGCGAGAGACCAGCCUGGGGCUGCUGACAGGCUACCUGGGACCCAUCAUGGAUGCCAUUGUGGGCUCUGUGGGGCGCUGCCCACCCACCAUGCGCCUGGCUUUCAAGCAGUUGCACCAGCGUGUCGAGGAACGCUUCCCUCAGGCGGAGCAUGAGGUGGGCACAGUGGGCCAGGAUGUGAAGUACCUGGCCAUUAGCGGCUUCCUCUUCCUACGCUUCUUUGCACCUGCCAUUCUCACUCCGAAGCUAUUUGACCUCCGGGAUCAGCACGCAGACCCCCAGACCAGCCGCUCGCUGCUGCUAAUUGCCAAGGCUGUGCAGAGCAUUGGUAACCUGGGCCAGCAGUUGGGCCAGGGCAAGGAGCUGUGGAUGACACCCCUACAUCCCUUCCUGCUGCAGAGUAUCUCACGCGUGAGAGACUUCCUGGACCGGCUGGUGGACGUGGAAGGGGAGGGGGAGGCUGGGGGCCUGGCCAGGGCCCUAGUCCCGCCCUCGGUGACCGUUCGAGAAGGCUACCUGCUGAAGCGCAAGGAGGAACCCACCAGCCUGGCUACACGCUUUGCCUUCAAGAAGCGCUACUUCUGGCUUAGCGGGGAGACCCUGUCAUACUCCAAGAAUCCUGAGUGGCAGAUGUGCUCCUCCAUCCCAGUGUCACACAUCCGCGCUGUGGAGCGCGUGGAUGAGAGCGCUUUCCAGCUGCCCCACGUGAUGCAGGUGCUGACCGAAGACGGCGCCGGGGCACUGCACACUGUCUACCUCCAGUGUAAGAAUGUGAACGAUCUGAACCAAUGGCUGUCGGCCCUGCGCAAGGCCAGCGCACCCAACCCGAACAAACUGGCCGCCUGCCACCCUGGUGCUUUCCGCAGCGCACGCUGGACCUGCUGCCUCCAGGGCAAGCGGUCAGCCGCUGGCUGCAGUCGCACCCACUCGGCCGUCACCCUGGGGGACUGGAGUGACCCUCUGGAUCCUGAUGCGGAGACCCAGAUGGUAUACCGGCAGCUGCUUCUGGGGCGGGACCAGCUCAGGAUGAAAUUCCUGGAGGACACAACUUGGGAGGCAGAUACAGAGAAGGGCCUCAUGGAAGGGGACUGUCCUAAUGCCCUAGCCUGGCAAAGAACGGCUGCUGUCCGCUUGCUGGACGUGCUGGAAGAACUGGACCGAGUCCAUGAGGAGUUCCAGCGGCAGGAACAGGAUCAUGCUUCCUCUAGGCCCCUUGGACCUUGA